AUGGCAGCUAUCGCACAACCACACUCCCACCAACGGUCACCGGCGGGUGGUCUCCUGACCACGGUGGCCAGCCUACCGCCUUCGUACAAGCUGCAGUACGGCGAGGUUUCGCCAAAACCGGCCACCGAGCGGCCAACCGGUGAUAGCCCGCUGGAUCUGACCGUGCGCCAGGUGACGACCGGAUCGCUGGGUCCGAUCACACCUCCGGCCACACCGUCACCGCUGAAGAAGCGCUACCGCGAGGACAAUCAGCUCAACGUGCCGCUCAAGUGCGAUGAACCAUCGGCGAAACGUGCCAAAGCCAGCGAACCGGUGCUGCUGGACGUCAAGAAGGAGCUGGCCACUCCGGCGAAACUCACCAUCGCCGGUAAGGCUGGGGCCACCGAGGACGAGGUCGUUAUUGCCAAGGGCCCGCCGAGAAGUUCGAAAAAUCCUCCCGCCUCAGUGGCGCCCUCUGGCGGCUCGAAGGAACGCCGCGCCAAAGCCAUCCGCAAGCUAAAGUUCGACGAGGAAAACUCAUCGCCCGUGUCGGGCACGAUCAUCAUCUCGCUGGAGGAGGCGCUCAGUGGCGAUACACCGCGCGAAUCCGGCGACAUCGAUCCACAGUUCAACCUGGUCGAGGUGUCGGAUGAGGUGCGUGCCGAGUUGGCCGCGAUCCCGAACGUGAUCGGUGGCUACAACUGCAAGCUGUGUCGGUUGGAGUUCGAGGAUGCGUUUGGGUUGGCGCAGCAUCGCUGCUCCUGCAUCGUGCUGCUCGAGUACCGGUGUCCCGAGUGUGACAAGCGGUUCAACUGUCCAGCCAAUCUGGCGUCUCACCGGCGUUGGCAUAAACCACGUGACCAGACCGGUAAAAAGGGUGGCUCGGGAGGCGCCAAACCGGAGCCCGGUCACGAUUCGACCGACUCGGACGGGGCUACGGGUAAGUUCCGGUGUGAUCAGUGCGAUAAAACGUUCAAGCGGCCAGCCUACCUCAAGAAGCACCAGCUAACGCACAGCAGACAGGCUGCCAAGGGCACCAAACCGGCCCCGAAGCGCAGUGCAAGCCCAAGCACCACUACCACCGGUUCGUCUCAGUAUCGUAGCGAGGACUCGAACCACUCGAACCAUUCGAGCCAGUCGGCGGGAAGUAGCGCAGUAGGCUACGCCGGAUCUUCAGACGGUACCGGGUGCGUUGUGACGGAGCGUUUAAUUUCGCGAUCGCAACCUCCGCCGCUUACGAUGUUCACCAUCAUCGCGUCGAAUGAUGGCGUGCUGCAUGAGAGUGGUAAUCGCGGGUCCGGAUUCUUCCAAGGUCAACCCGCGGUACGUUUCGUGCACGAGCGUGCUCCAUCGGUGGUGUCCUCGUCGGGACGGGGCAGCGCGGCACCCGACCAGGACGACGCGGAUAGUGACUGCGAGGAGCGCACGCUGGUCAUCAAUGAAGACUACCGUGAUGGCGAAGACGAGGACGAUGGCGAGGACGAAAUGGAGCGCCAGUACCGGUCGGCGUACUGCGACCGGUUUACGGAGGAGGAAAAUCUGGCCGCGGCUGCCCUCGCACGGCUUCGCAACGGACCUUCGGUUAUUCGCCACACGACGGCGCUGGUUGUGUAA